AUGGGCCUACAGACUACACAGGGGCCCAGCCAGGGGGCUUGUUUCCUGAAAUCUUGGCUUCUCAUCUCCCUGGGGCUCUACUCACAAGUGUCAAAACUCCUGGCAUGCCCCAGCGUGUGUCGCUGUGACAGGAACUUUGUCUACUGUAACGAGCGAAGCUUGACCUCAGUGCCUCUUGGGAUCCCGGAGGGCGUCACUGUACUCUACCUCCACAACAACCAAAUUAAUAAUGCUGGGUUUCCUGCAGAGCUGCACAACGUACAGUCUGUGCACACCGUGUACCUUUAUGGGAACCAACUGGAUGAAUUCCCCAUGAACCUUCCCAAGAACGUCCGAGUUCUCCAUCUGCAGGAAAACAAUAUUCAGACCAUUUCACGGGCCGCCCUGGCCCAGCUCUUGAAGCUUGAAGAGCUCCACCUGGAUGACAACUCAAUAUCCACAGUGGGGGUGGAAGAUGGGGCCUUCCGUGAGGCCGUUAGCCUCAAAUUGUUGUUUCUGUCCAAGAAUCACCUGAGCAGCGUGCCUGUGGGGCUUCCCGUGGAACUGCAAGAGCUGAGAGUGGAUGAGAAUCGAAUUGCCGUCAUAUCAGACAUGGCCUUUCAGAACCUCACGAGCUUGGAGCGUCUGAUCAUGGAUGGAAACCUCCUGACCAACAAGGGCAUUGCCGAGGGCACCUUCAGCCACCUCACCAAGCUCAAGGAAUUUUCCAUUGUCCGGAAUUCGCUUUCCCAUCCCCCUUCUGACCUCCCAGGUAUGCACCUGAUGAGGCUCUAUCUGCAGGACAACCAGAUCAACCACAUCCCUUUGACAGCCUUCUCGAAUCUCCGGAAGCUGGAACGGCUGGAUAUAUCCAACAACCAGCUGCGUGUGUUGACUCAAGGGGUCUUCGAUAACCUCUCCAACCUGAAGCAGCUCACUGCUCGGAAUAAUCCUUGGUUCUGUGACUGCAGUAUUAAAUGGGUCACAGAAUGGCUCAAACACAUACCCUCAUCUCUCAACGUGCGAGGUUUCAUGUGCCAAGGUCCUGAACAAGUCCGGGGGAUGGCAGUCCGGGAGUUGAAUAUGAAUCUGUUGUCCUGUCCCACCACGACCCCCGGCCUGCCUCUCUUCACCCCAGCCCCAAGUUCAGCUUCGCCCACGACUCAACCUCCCACACUCUCUGUCCCGACCCCUAGCAGAAGCUAUGCGCCUCUAACUCCCAUGGCAUCGAAACUCCCCACAAUUCCCGACUGGGAUGGCAGAGAAAGAGUGACCCCACCUCUUUCUGAACGGAUCCAGCUCUCUAUCCAUUUUGUGAAUGACACUUCCAUUCAAGUCAGCUGGCUCUCUCUCUUUACUGUGAUGGCAUACAAACUCACAUGGGUGAAAAUGGGCCACAGUUUGGUGGGAGGCAUCGUUCAGGAACGCAUUGUCAGUGGUGAGAAGCAGCAUCUGAGCCUGGUCAAUUUAGAGCCCAGAUCCACUUAUCGGAUUUGUUUAGUGCCACUGGAUGCAUUUAACUACCGAGCUGUAGAAGACACCAUUUGUUCUGAGGCCACCACCCAUGCCUCCUAUGUGAACAAUGGCAGCAACACGGCUUCCAGUCACGAGCAGACGACUUCCCAUAGCAUGGGCUCCCCUUUUCUGCUGGCGGGCCUGAUUGGGGGUGCAGUGAUAUUUGUGCUUGUGGUCCUUCUCAGUGUCUUUUGCUGGCAUAUGCACAAAAAGGGGCGCUACACCUCCCAGAAGUGGAAAUACAACCGAGGCCGGCGGAAAGAUGACUAUUGCGAGGCAGGCACCAAAAAGGACAAUUCCAUCCUGGAGAUGACAGAAACCAGCUUUCAGAUCGUCUCCUUAAAUAACGAUCAGCUCCUUAAAGGAGAUUUCAGACUGCAGCCCAUUUACACCCCAAACGGGGGCAUUAAUUACACAGACUGCCAUAUCCCCAACAACAUGCGAUACUGCAACAGCAGUGUGCCAGACUUGGAGCACUGCCAUACGUGA